ACACAAAAAAAAUCCAGAAAAAAAAACCGCACGAAAAAAAAAGAGCGCCCUCAUCACGGCGAGGAAUUCCCACCUCCUAUCUCUCUCCUCCUCCUCCUCCUCUUCUCUCUCCACGCACAAAUCUCUCUCCUCCUCCGCUCCCCCACGCCGCACGCAUUGCCGCCGUGGGCUCACCGCCGGCGAGGGCGGCCGCAGAGGAGGAGGGGAGCGGCGGCGGCGGCCAACCCGGGCGGUGUGGGUAGCAUGUGUGACCUUGUGGCCCGAACGGGUCGGCAUCAGCAGCGGUACGAGGAUGGCCGGCGGCUGGUGGCCGGAUGCAUACCGUUCAGGUAUAGAACUAGUAAUGAUGAAACUUCUGAUGAUGAACCGAAGAAAAUUGUUGAAGUUCUCAUGAUAAACUCUCAAAGUGGUCCAGGUCUCCUGUUUCCAAAGGGAGGAUGGGAGAAUGAUGAAACUGUUGAGCAGGCAGCUGCUCGAGAGGCUGUAGAAGAAGCUGGAGUUCGUGGAGAUAUAGUGCAAUUUCUGGGUUUCUACGACUUCAAAAGCAAGACGCAUCAAGAUGCGUGCUGCCCCGAGGGUAUGUGCAGAGCCGCGGUGUUUGCGCUGCAUGUGAAGGAAGAGCUGGACUCAUGGCCUGAGCAGAGCACCCGCAGGAGGACCUGGUUGACAGUUCCUGAAGCCACGUCGCAGUGCCGGUAUCAGUGGAUGCAAGAGGCUUUGCUUACUGGCUUCUCUGACUGGCAUGACAACUGGAGCAAAGGUGGCGGUGGCGACACCAACUAUGACUCUCUCUAGUUGCAGAAGGCAUCCACAGGAGUUCUGGUUUUGUUUAUCUUCUUUUAACUCUCCCUAGGCUCCAACUUUGCAGAAUGCAAUAAUACAAUGUACACUUGUUCUGAUACUAGUAGGUGGUCUUUGACCCUUCAUUGCUAUCUAGCGUAGUAUAUCUCAUCGAAGACGGGAAUUCUCACAACUUUUAAGUGUCAAUUCUCGUGUCUAUUGUUCCCUCACCACCUAUCAAGCUCAAUUACUUUAUCCUGGUGAGCAUUUUGUACGUCACUGCUCCAGAUUACGGAGCUGCAUACGCUAUGUAUUAACUUGACCACACCUGAAAUCAAAAGGUAUUUCUUGGCUCGAAUGAGCCACGGUGGCUAUA